GUUAGGUGUAUAUAAAUCAUAGCAUGCAUGUUCAAAUAAUCAAUCUCAUGUCUUUUUAAAAAUUCAUUCAUUCAUACGUAAUAAUCGCUUGCCGACGCAGAGAUGGCGCAAACAAGUGUACAGUUAGCCCCAAUCGAUGAGCAUAAGUCCUUAACCCAUGAGCAGCAGCAGGAAAUCAGAAUUUCGGUUGCUUCUCAAGGUCGCCCAAAACCUAUUCCAGAUCUACUUAAUGGAACUAGUAAAGAGAACAUGAAAAUUGCUAUCCCUCUAUAUGAAGCAUCUAUUAGAGGUGAUUGGAAAGCUGCUAAAGAGAUUCUUGAUGAAAGGCCAGAGUUGGUAAGGUAUAGUGUCACUGGAAAUAAUGAAACAGCACUUCAUGUCGCGGCAUCCACAAAAAGCACCAAACAGGUUGAACAGUUCGUGGAAAAUCUAAUGACUAAGAUGGAAAAAGAGGACCUCGAACUUAAAAAUAACAGUUCCAACACUGCCCUCUGUUUAGCUGCUGCAGUUGGCAAUGUUAAAAUGGUUGAGCUUAUGGUUAAAAAGUGCAGGGCCUUGGUGGCAAUCACUGGUAGUGGAGGAAUGACGCCACUAUAUAUGGCUGCCUUGUUUGGACAUUCUGAGGUGGUGAAGUAUCUGUACAAAAAUUCCCAAAAGCUGCGUGAUGAUUAUUGGACACCUCAGAACCGUGGUUGGCUUCUUCAGAAAUGUGUUGAGAAUGAUAUGUUCGAUAUCGCACUAGACAUAGUGCGAGAGCAUGAAGAACUUAGUAGCAGUGGGAUUGUACUUGCAGCUUUGGCUCGAAAGACUGAUGCAUUUGCUGAAAUAAAAUCUAAUAUCUUCAUGAGAACCAUAAAAUGGGUCAUAUGUCGGAAGACGCAAGCUCGUGAAAAGGAAAGUAAAGCAAAAGCUUUGGAGAUACUAAAAACCGUUUGGUGUUAUAUUGCUGAGAAGCCUAGGGAAGAAAUUGAUACCAUACUCAGGGGACCCCCUGAUCCUCCCGUUAAACGAUAUGAAAAGCCAGCUUUUGACAAGAUAGAUGAAGCUCUGCAACUACUAAAACACAUGUCUGAUAAUAUUGUCAAGAUACCUAUUGAAAUACGUAACAUAAUCAAAGGACCAGUUGCAAGAAAUCUUGAAGGUCUAGCGGGAAAUGUACGUAAAAAGUACUCUUCUAGAGUACUAUUUGUUGCCACAGAGGUGGGCAAUACGAGAUUCGUAGUUGAGCUCAUGCGUCUAUAUCCUGAUCUAGCGUGGAAAGUAAAUGAUAACAAUCAAAGUAUAUUCCAUGUUGCUGCCAGACAUCGUCAAGCGGAUAUCUACAACCUAUUGCAUGAGAUAGGCUUAAAUAAGGAUAUGAUUAUUCCUCUCAAAGAUCAAAACGAGGACAAUAUGUUGCAUUUGGUUGCAAGGAGUGUGGAGAGAAAGCGACUUGAAGAUGUGUCAGGAGGUGCGUUUCAGAUGCAACGUGAACUACUAUGGUUCAAGGAAGUAGAGAAGAUGGUCCUACCUUCUUAUCGGGAACGGAAGAACAAAGAUGGACUAACACCACGCGAGAUAUUCACCAAGGAGCACCAAGAUCUAGUUGUAAAAGGUGAGGAAUGGAUGAAAGGAACAGCUAGUCAAUGUAUGGUGGUAGCGGCGCUUAUUGCCACCAUUGUCUUUGCUGCAGCUUUUACAGUUCCAGGUGGAUACGAUGAGACCAACGGUAUCCCUUUCUUCCGCAGAAACGUAAGCUUUUUGAUUUUCGUGGUGGCAGAUGCCAUAUCUUUGUUCUCAUCAUCAGCUUCAAUACUCACAUUCUUAUCCAUUCUCACUUCUCGUUAUGCGGAAGACGAUUUCUUGGAAUCAUUACCUAGAAAACUGAUGUUGGGUCUAGCAACACUUUACCUCUCAAUAACAACCAUGAUGAUUGCUUUUAGUGUUACCUUCUUUGUGCUAUACCGCGAACAUCUUAAAUGGAUACCAAUCCUUGUCACAGUGAUUGCUACCACGCCAGUCCUUCUCUUCGCUGCACUGCAAUAUCGUCUCUUAAAAGACGUAAUUCACUCGACAUAUGGUUCAAGCUACCUCUUUCGGUCCAACAAUCAUCUUUACAAUGAAAAGUCUAAUUCUAACCAUCGUUGUUUUCCGUUUAGGAUCCCUUUCAUUUCAAGAUGUACUUCAAAAAUAUUAAAAUUGUUGUAA